UUCGAAACUCUGAUUUUAGCUGCUCAAAGCAUAAAUCUUGAUUCAAAGAAAAGGCAAAUGGCGGGCAUGGAAAGACUACACCGGAUGUUUGCCGGCGCCGGCGGCGCCCUCGGCCAUCCGCCGCCGGAUUCCCCAACCCUCGACUCAUCCGAACAAGUCUACAUUUCAUCUCUCGCCCUCCUCAAAAUGCUCAAACACGGUAGGGCGGGAGUACCGAUGGAAGUGAUGGGGCUGAUGUUGGGUGAAUUUGUGGACGAGUACACGGUGCGUGUGGUGGACGUCUUUGCGAUGCCGCAAAGUGGGACAGGUGUCAGCGUUGAGGCCGUCGAUCAUGUUUUCCAAACUAACAUGCUUGACAUGCUCAAGCAAACUGGCAGACCUGAGAUGGUGGUUGGUUGGUAUCACUCGCAUCCCGGUUUUGGAUGCUGGCUUUCUGGUGUAGACAUAAAUACUCAACAGAGUUUCGAAGCUUUGAAUCAGAGGGCAGUAGCGGUGGUCGUUGAUCCAAUUCAGAGUGUUAAAGGGAAAGUCGUAAUCGACGCCUUCCGUCUGAUUAACCCACAGACUAUGAUGCUUGGUCAAGAGCCACGACAAACAACAUCCAACCUUGGACAUCUUAAUAAACCAUCUAUCCAGGCUUUGAUUCAUGGUUUGAACCGACACUAUUACUCCAUAGCCAUAAAUUACCGAAAGAAUGAACUCGAGGAGAAGAUGCUUCUAAAUCUUCACAAGAAGAAAUGGACGGAUGGUUUGACCCUGCAGCGGUUUGACGCCCACUCCAAAACAAACGAGCAGACUGUCCAGGAGAUGCUAAAGCUAGCUGUCAAAUACAACAAAGCAGUUCAAGAUGAGGAUGAAUUGCCACCGGAAAAACUAGCAAUUGCGAACGUGGGAAAGCAAGACGCAAAGAAGCAUCUCGAGGAGCACGUCUCGAACUUGAUGUCUUCAAACAUCGUUCAGACAUUAGGCACGAUGCUCGACACAGUUGUUUUCUAGAGAGAGAGAGAGAGAUAUCACAAAAUCUUUGAUUUGGUUGCUAGUUUGACUAUGUUGUAUCAACAUCUGAUCAUUUGUACUCAGCAACAUUUCCCAUUCCAUGAAAUUCAGCUUUUUAUGGACAUACAAAAAACGCAAAUUCGAUAGACA